GGCGUGUCACUUCCGUUGUGUUGGAAGCUGCGGAGAACCGAGUCUCGGUGGCGGGUCUUGUUUGAGAGCUACGACUAGUAGCUACGGGGAAAGCCGGCCGAAUAGGGACUAGCGGAUAGGUGGCCCAUAUGGAUUUGGCGUUGGACCCGGGUGACCAGGACCUGUUGGCCUUACUACUAGAGGAAAAUGGAGAUUUGGGGGUGGCGUCCGAUGCGUCCUUCGAGGCUCCACUGGACUGGGAGUUGCCGAUUUCCGAGGCACUGAGCGAUUGGGAUGUAGAGGAUUUCCUGAGCUGCCUGACGAGUUUCCCAGCAUCGUCGAACGUUCUCAACAGCUCGAAUCCCUGUCUGGUCCAUCAUGACCACACCUAUUCUCUCCCACAGGAACAUGUUUCUAUAGAUCUAGAUAGUGGGAGUUCUGGAAAAGAGGAGGCCCAGAUGACACCCCUACAUGUGGAGGAGCCCGCAGAACAGGAGAUUGUUAGGCUGAUACUGACAGAUGAGGAAAAGAGGCUAUUGGAGCAGGAGGGGCUUACUCUGCCAGAGACAUUUCCUCUCACUAAGAUGGAGGAACAAGUUCUGAAACGAGUGCGGAGGAAGAUUCGCAAUAAAAAGUCUGCUCAAGAGAGCCGCAGGAAGAAGAAGGUGUACCUGGGGAGUUUAGAGAGCAGGGUCUUGAAAUACACAGCCCAGAAUUUGGAGCUACAGAACAAAGUACAGCUCCUGGAAGAACAGAAUCUGUCUCUCCUGGAUCAGUUAAGGCGACUCCAGGCCAUGGUGAUUCAGAUAUCAAACAAAACCAGCAGCAGCAGCUCCUGUGUCUUGGUCCUACUGUUCUCCUUCUGUCUCCUCCUUGUACCUGCUAUGUACUCCUCGGACGCAAGGGGGAGCCUGCCAGCUGAGCACGGAGUGUUAUCCCGCCAGCUUCGUGCCCUCCCUAGUGAGGACCCUCACCAGCUGGAGCUGCCUGCCCUGCAGUCGGCGGUACCGAAGGACAGCUCAUACGACGAGCUCCAGGCUCCUGGCAACUCUUGCUGCCUGUUCUACAUGCCUCAGGCUCCUGGCACAGAGCCUUCCCUGAAGUUGCCACUCCCUGGCCCCUUCUCAGAGUCCUCCUGCCCUGGUCCCAUCCUUUCCCUGCAUGCAAAUCACACGAGAGAGAUGGGAUGGCUCCCAACCCAUAGCCCCGUAUCUGUUAUCUUGCAGGGCAGAUACUCAGGCUAGUUGUGAGGCCUGAUGCCUCCAGUCGUGUCCAAAUGAAAAAGAACGGGAGAGGGCUGGUCUCAGCUCCUGUGCCCUGUCAGGAAGCCUGAGGGCUCAAACACACCACACUUAACCAACUUUCUGGGUCUUUUAUUUGUACCCAUGGAUGCCUAUCACCCUGUGAAUGGGCCUGGGAGGAUGAACUUACCUCCUUGAACAUUUCAUGCAGUGAGGGGAUAGGGUGAGGAAAGAAAUAAAUAAGUGAUUCUGA